CCCAAGCGAAGCGGCAAAGUGAGUGAGGUAAGGUGUGCUUUGCGUUCCAUGCGAACCAAAAUAGCAAUUCAGAGUUGAGAAAGGAAAGUGAAAGAAAAUACGAAACAGAGACUGGUGAGAGGUGUUUUGAAGAACAGAGUUUCAUCAUCGUAAGGGAAAAGGAAGAAAAAGAGUGUUGAGAAGAAGGAGGAGAAGAAAAGGAGGUUCUGGUGAGGUUGUUAAUGGUGAUUGCGUCUGCGGAGAAGAAGGUUCAGAGGUUAGACAACGAAGGGGGGAUGGUUGAGUUUUCAUGGCAUUGAGCUGUCUUUAGGGUAAGAGCGUUAUUUUAGGUGAGAUUUAUUGCUAUUAAAGCGGGUUAUUGGGAGGGGGAGAUUUGUUUUGGCGGUUUUGUUUGGUGAGCGAGGCAGAGAGAAAGGAAGAAAGAAAGGAAAGCCAGGAUGGAAUGGUCUGCAUGUUUGGAUGAAUAUGAGAAGCUUGUGAUUCGAAUGAACACUCCGAGGGUCGUCAUCGACAAUGCCGUUUGCGCUACUGCGACUCUGGUCAAGGUCGACAGUGCUAGAAAGACCGGAAUCCUGUUGGAGGCCGUUCAAGUCCUUACAGAUCUGAACCUUUGUAUUAAGAAAGCUUACAUUUCCUCCGAUGGGAGAUGGUUCAUGGAUGUCUUCCACGUGACGGAUCAAAACGGUGACAAACUCACCGACGAGAGCGUUAUCAGCUACAUCGAGCAGUCUCUUGGUACCUAUAAUUGCGUUAGAUCUGAAAGCUUCAAGGGCCUAACGGCAUUGGAAUUAACGGGAACAGACCGGCCUGGUCUCCUUUCGGAGGUGUUUGCAGUCCUUGCAGACCUUGAAUGCAAUGUUGUGGAAUCCAAAGUAUGGACUCAUAAUGGACGCAUUGCGUCUCUCAUCUAUGUCAAGGAAUGUGAUUCUGGGUCUCCUAUUGAAGACUCAGAGAAGAUCAAUAGCAUUGAAGCGCGUCUCAGGAAUGUUCUCAAGGGAGAUAAUGAUAUCCGAAGUGCCAAGACCGCUGUGUCCAUGGCUGUCACCCAUACAGAACGCCGGCUUCACCAGAUGAUGUUUGCUGACCGUGAUUAUGAGCGGAAAUCGGCAAUGGCUUCGACGGGAACACCACCAACCGUCACAGUUCAGAAUUGGAUAGAGAGGGGUUACUCCAUUGUUAAUGUGCAAUGUAAAGAUCGGCCCAAAUUGUUGUUUGAUAUAGUGUGUACCUUGACAGAUAUGGAGUAUGUGGUCUUCCAUGCCACCAUUGACACAGCAGACAAUCUAGCCUAUCAGGAGUUCUACAUUAAGCAUACAGAUGGAACCCCCAUCAGCUCAGAAGCAGAAAGGCAGAGAGUAAUACAAUGCUUGCAAGCAGCUGUUGAAAGAAGGGCAUCCGAGGGUGUAAAGCUAGAAUUGUACACGACGGACCGACAGGGGUUGUUAUCAGAUGUGACCCGAACGUUCCGAGAGAAUGGGUUGAAUGUAACUAGAGCUGAGAUCUCUACGACGAGUGAUAUGGCUUUCAAUGUGUUCUAUGUUACAGAUGCUGCAGGUAACCCAGUGGAGCCAAAGAUGAUCGAAUCAGUUCGAGAAAGAAUUGGGUAUAGCAGCCUAAAAGUGAAGGAACCACCAUUGAUCCAUCACAAGGCGGCGGGGGAUGAGAGUACGACGAAGAUGGGUACUGGCGGAGCUGUGCUAUUAUCCUUGGGGAGUAUAGUGAAAAGGAAUCUAUACAAUUUGGGAUUGAUCAGAUCCUAUUCUUAAUCUGAACACAAUAUGGAAAGGAGUAGUGGUGAUAUAAAGGAGAAAAAAGUUGGAGGUGAUGGGGGGAGGUGUUGGGGCUCUUGGGCAUGUGUAGAAUAUACUUUACUUGAGUUUUGUGUUUGUGUACAUAGGAAGGGGAAACUGAAGUGGGAAAAAGGAGGAAAAGUUGGUGAUACAGUAGUUGUUAUAGUUGGGUUUGGUUGUUGGUUGAUUGAUGAAGAAGACAGUUUGGAAGGAGACAAAGGGCCAAGGUCCACCACCCUAGCCUUCAAAAUUCAAAACUGUUGAAUUCUCUUUCCUUUGGUUAGAUGAGGUAAGAGACAGAAAAAAAAGGAAAAGGGCUUGGUUGGAGGGGUCUGACUUCUUCUACUGGGGGUUUUCUGUUAUGUUUUGUUCUGUUCUGCUCAUAUUCGCUGGAAAAAGGUAGGAGUGGAAAGGAAAAUCAGUGUAGAAAAGUUUAGGAUCAAUACACAACACAGAUUCCUUGUAUAUAACGGAUUUGAUUAUUACUCUUUUAGGUGUUAAUAUUAUAUUAGUUUAAAUCUCUCA